AUGGCGCUUUCAAUGGAGAGGGUGCGGCGGGCAAUUGUUGAUCCACAUGACAAUGACGAAUGGGCGAUGGAUUUGUUGCGAGCUGUGAAUCUGCGCGGACGAGCGAAUGCUCGCGAGGAGGGCGUCAAGGCCCCCGGCCACGCGCUCCUCUCCAUUAGCAAAUCUCUCGUCGCCGGCGGCGUCGCCGGUGGAGUAUCACGGACUGCUGUUGCACCACUUGAGAGGUUAAAAAUUUUGCUUCAGGUCCAGAAUCCUCAUAACAUUCAGUACAAUGGAACUAUUCAGGGCCUCAAAUACAUAUGGAGAACUGAGGGUCUUAGAGGACUAUUCAAAGGCAACGGUACUAACUGUGCACGAAUUGUCCCAAAUUCAGCAGUGAAGUUCUUUAGCUAUGAGCAGGCAUCUAGUGGGAUUUUGUGGCUUUAUCGGAGGCAAUCUGGCAAUGAGGAUGCUCAGCUUACUCCUGUAUUGCGUCUUGGUGCUGGAGCAUGUGCUGGAAUCAUUGCCAUGUCUGCCACUUAUCCUAUGGACAUGGUCCGUGGCAGGAUUACUGUCCAGACUGCUAAUUCCCCUUACCAGUAUAGAGGAAUGUUCCAUGCAUUGAGCACAGUUUAUCGGCAAGAAGGCUUCCGUGCUUUAUACAAAGGGUGGCUUCCUUCUGUUAUUGGAGUUGUCCCAUAUGUUGGCCUCAACUUUUCAGUCUAUGAAUCUCUGAAGGAUUGGCUGAUUAAAUCCCGACCAUUUGGACUUGGCGAAGACCAAGAGUUGGGUGUGGUGACUAGGCUCGCUUGCGGUGCUGCUGCUGGAACUGUUGGCCAGACUGUUGCCUACCCUCUUGAUGUUAUUCGUAGAAGAAUGCAGAUGGUUGGAUGGAAAGACGCUUCUACCAUUGUUAGGGGCCAAGGGGGAAACUCAGUUGAAUAUACUGGAAUGAUUGAUGCUUUCAGAAAAACUGUGCAUAGUGAAGGAUUCGGAGCCUUGUACAAGGGCCUAGUUCCCAACUCAGUGAAGGUGGUGCCAUCCAUUGCCAUUGCAUUCGUUUCAUACGAGGUCGUGAAAGAUAUUCUCGGAGUGGAGAUGAGAAUAUCAGACUGAAGCAAGGAUUCCAAUUGUUCACUGCUAUUUUUGUAGGUGGAUGGAUAGGGAAAUGAGAGGACAUAAGAGAGCUGAACAUGUUCAGUAUUUCUUGGCUCCAUGACCUUUUGUUGAUAUCCCCAACUGGUUGAGAGAGGAAUCCACAUCUGGAUGCAUCCGCCUCCAUUUGAAUAAUAAGUUGGAUUUUAACCUAGGGGUUUAUUUGCCUUGUUUCAUGGUAUCUAUUAUCAUUAACUUUAUUUGUGGGUGAUAUUGGUAUUGUUUAUUACUAGUUUUAGUAGUUAUGUACUAUGUAGCUGAUUUCCUCUAUUCACAUCCUUUGUGUGGGACUUUAGGAUGAGCAGGAUAAUAAUAAGGAAGGUGCGUUAUUUUGAUGUUUUGA